UAUUUUGCCGACUGCCUUUGGCCGGCGGUUUUCGGCCGAAAAGGCGUCGGCCCGGCUGAAAAGACCCGACGGUGCGGGACACACCAAUCUGAGUAGGGCGUGUCGACGCUUAUCGUCGGCCUGGUCCAGUUCAGACUCAGAAUCCGGUGCAGACGAAGACGCAGGGUUUCCCUCCCGGUUCUGCAGGGACUCGGACACUCUGCCGGAGGAAAGCGUCGCGAGGCGUUCGGCGAGGAAGAAGCUCAUCAUGGCCGCCGUCGUCAGCCUCGUCUUCAUGACCGGGGAGGUGGUCGGUGGAUACUUCGCUCAGAGUCUGGCCAUCAUGACGGACGCAGCGCACCUGCUGACGGACGUCUGCAGCAUCUCCAUCAGCUGCUUCUCUCUGUGGCUCUCCUCCAGACCAAAGACUGACUCCAUGACCUUCGGAUGGCAUCGAGCAGAGAUCCUGGGCAUGCUGCUGUCGGUGUUUUCCAUCUGGAUCGUGACGGUUUUGCUGCUGAUCUCCGCCGCUCGGAGGAUUUCUGAUGGAGAUUACGAGAUCGACAGUUUCAUCAUGCUCAUAACAUCAGGGGGGGCGGUGGGGGUCAACGUGCUGAUGGUCCUGAUUCUUCAUCAGUCCGGAGCUUCACACGGUCACAACCACAGCUUUCCCCCCGCCAGACUGCAGACUGACAAACAGCGUGACCUUCAUCAUGACCUUCACCAUCACGACCUUCACCCUGACCUCCAUCAUGGACACAAUGCCAGUGUUCGGGCAGCUUUUGUUCACGUUGUCGGGGAUCUGCUGCAGAGUUUUGGGGUGCUGCUGGCUGCAACCAUCAUACACUUCAGGCCUGAAUAUAAAGUAGCAGAUCCCAUCUGCACGUUCCUGUUCUCAGUUCUGGUUCUGGGGACGACGAUUCCCAUUUCAAAGGAUGUGUUCAGGGUCCUGAUGGAGG